AUGGUACCCCUAUCCUGUAUCACAAACCCCGAUUCUACCCACUCUUUGUAUGACCAGAUUGUGCUGACUGUUGAGGCCACUGACAUGGGAAGCCUGCCGCGAGCAUCCACAUGCCUCGUGGAGAUACAAGUGGAGGAUGUUAAUGAUCAUCGGCCCCAGUUGCAUUUCGAGCCCUCCAAACUGACCGCCUACGCUUUGGUGCCCGAGAAUGAGGCGCCCGGCCGCUUGGUUGCCGUCUUCACUGCACAUGACGCCGACAGCGGCGAGAACGGUCGUGUAACCUGUCGACUGGUCGACACCUCCGGAGCUGGUAUCCACAGCGGAAGUGGAAGUGGUCCAACCGAACUUUCUUUUGGCUCUACUGAAACAUCAUCUUCUUGUCUCUACCUCUUCCUCUUCCCGGGCUUUUUCUCUCUUUCUUUCUGUCUCUUAUUCUUCCCCAUAACUACUCGUGCACAAACAUGCAGCUACAAGCUGACCACGGCAGCCAUGUUCGACCGCGAGGUGACACCGACCAUUUUUGUGUGGAUCCUCUGCUCGGACCACGGUCAGCCGCCACAUCACGUCACUGGCUCCGUACUGGUACGCAUUCAGGACGUUAAUGACGAGGCGCCCAACUUCGGCCGACACCAUUCAUAUUUCACAGUGAAUGAAGCGACCGCAGUCGGUGAUGCCUUGUUCACAGUAAAUGCUACCGAUCGAGACGAGGGUGAGUAA